AUGCACAGGCCGCACAGGCCGCACAGGCUGCACAGGCUGCUCAGGCUCAGGCUGCACAGGCACAGGCCGCACAGGCUGCACAAGCCGCACAGGCUGCACAAGCUGCACAGGCCGCACAGGCUGCACAAGCCGCACAGGCUGCUCAGGCUCAGGCUGCACAGGCACAGGCCGCACAAGCUGCACAGGCUGCACAGGCUGCACAAGCUGCACAGGCACAGGCUCAAGCUCAGGCUGCACAGGCACAGGCUGCACGGGCUGCUGCUGAAGCAAUGGCUGCACAGGCUCAGGCAGAAGCUCAGGCUGCACGGAUGCAGGCCGCACAGGCUCAGGCACAAGCUCAGGCACAAGCUCAGGCUGCACAGGCUCAGGCACAAGCUCAGGCACAAGCUCAGGCUGCACAAGCUCAGGCUGCACAGGCUGCACAGGCUGCACGGUUUCGGGCCGCACAGGCUCAAGCACUCAGAUACCAGAGUGGACCGUACUAUCCUCUCGCUCCUAGCGCACCAUAUUAUCCUCUCGCUCCAAAGGGACAUUUUUAGACUCCUAGGUGACAUGAAUGCAGGCAAAGCCAUUGAUGGCGGAGGAGUCUAACAGAGGAAUUGGACUUGGAAUUGUAAACUGAACAAUAUAUCAUGCUAAAUAAAUGAUAUAUGCUGUG